AUGGAAUUUGAUGAACGUAAUGAAGAAGCUUCGUGGCGCCAGGUUUCUCGCUCGGGAACGGGACCCAAUGACCUAGAAGGCUUACAAUUCGUGGGAUCUCAUCUCCAGAUUCCGGACUCUCUUGUUGAUUACACAAUUGCACCUGUGAUGAUUAUGGAAUCAGAAGCGUCUCCUGAAGCGCUUCGUGUUCUGUCUCGUGGUUCAAAGGCUUUGAGGCAUGUUUUAAAAUCCUGUAAUGAGACUCUGAGCCAAUGGUACGUUCUGGAGAAUUAUGUGAAUAAAUGCUGGCUUCUGUGGACUCUGAUAGAAUCAGCUGAAGAUAAAAUUUCCAAUCUCCUUGGUACCGAAAUUACUAGCGCGAAUGGAACUGUCCCCGUGCCACCAUCGGUCAGCUAUUCCAGUUGGAUAGAAUACAAAGUUCCCGAUCUUCUGAAGAGGUGGGCAGAAGACACAUGUUUACACAAUACGGAAAGCUCUGAAUUGAUGGGCGAGGUGAGUAUGCGGCCUAGUCGAAAAGUAAGCACAAAUCGCCGGUACAGAUACGACCAGAGCAAAAGCUCGUCAAUGGUUGAUCCCAAAACCUAUUUGCAGAGAAAAUAUUAUGAGGCACUCUUCUCACUUCGCAUACCGUUGGCCUACUUUGUGAAAUCGAACCUCGUGAGGACUAAACUUUUGAGUCAAGGUCCCGACAAAAGUGACCAUCUCCCUUAUCAGAUGCACCUGGCAGAUUUAACGUUGGAUAUCGAGAACUUUGAUAAAAGACAGAGCGAGGGUUUAUUAGUGACUGAUUUACUUUCAGAGGUGGCCUCGGAAAUUCGCAUCAACUGCUUGAAUAAGCUCGAAAAUUUGAUAAAAUCGGGCGUCCCAACUGUGAUAUCGGACUUACUGCUGGUCUUUAAAGUUCGGGAAAUUAAAUUACAGAUCAUUCUUCUGCUCGAGUUGAUCGCUUUGAAUGGUCUUGACUCAAAGCUAGACAACUUCGAAGUAAAAUAUAAGACGAAGCUAAAAAAACGCGUCAAGAAGGUUGCUAGAGCAGGCUUAUCUUCUCGUUACAAGAAGAAAGACGUCAAAGCCCAUACAAAUACACAGCAGCUGGAUUAUUGCGAAAAGCUUGAUGUGUAUGUGGAUAAACUUUGCAUCAUCGACGCAAUGUUGCUUACCGAUGUCUCUCUUCAAAAAAACUCACCGGCGAAAAUUGUUACACCUGAUAGUGCAAUGCACUCAAGUCGAGAACUUAAAAAAAACAUGCUCGACCCCGAGAAAGAAGCGUCGGCAUCAGGCUUUAUCACAUACGUGUUAAUACCUUACUUCAAAAAAAAAGCCCCGCAUGCAGUAGCGUUUGUAUCAAGAAAGUUGAAGGGACCUCAUUUUGAAGCCCUGUCAAGGACCGAGAGCAAACGAAGCCCGUUAAAUGCAGUCUCCGGGACCUCGAACCCCGACCUCGGUAAAAAGUCAGACCGUCCUGAUUCACCGGCUUCACAAGGUGACCUACCGGCCACUUUGCCGCUAAGCGUCGAACAAUUGCAUCCUCCGUCGAAAAUAUACAUGAGAGCGUCUUUACCACGUCGCCCAUCUAUUCUGAACUCUCGAAGCAACUCACAGCUAAGUGAAAUUCUUGACAUGGAGACAGGAAAUUCAAAAAAGUAUGGAUCAGUAACGCGAGGUAAUUCGGAUUUAUUUCUCAGCAAACUACAGAAACGUCAACUACCGGCCACAGAUUUGGCCUUCGAUAGCGAUGCUUUGAUCAGCCGAACUAAGUCAGACUUAGUCUUUCCCAGCGAGACGGAACCUGAACAUUCUCAGACUAAAAGGAAGACCUCGACGGCGACUUUUAUAAGAACAACGAGACGAAAAAUCGAACCUAAAAAGGUGGUUUUAAGCUCGGCUGAAAAAUUCAGCGUGCAAGUGGAAGCUACCCCGCAUGGGAAAAGACCGGGUUUCGAGGCCGAGCAUAUUCGGAAUCCUGCAAUCAUUGAGUCGCCAUUGGCUUCUCUAGCCAAAGCGUCACCACUAGUGGCUCAGGAAUCAAUGAAAGACGGAGCUCGUCUGACCACGCCCUCCAGAUCACAUUCUGAAGGUCGUUUACAAGUUCCGGCGAGCGAUGAAAAGAUCACAGUGCGUGAAUAUGGUUAUUCGAGACCUUUGCCAGUAGUGGUCAAGAAAAAAGUUCGCCGCCGCUUGUUUGCUCCCGAAUGA